AUGUCUGGUUCGUCUCCUUUCAGCCCGCCAGAAACGAGGCGCAGCUGGCUAACAUUGUGACUUUGCACUGCAGGAAGCGCGGGCUACGACCGACACAUCACCAUCUUCUCCGACCAAGGCCGCCUGUAUCAAGUCGGUGUGUAUCAGCUCCCGGAAUAGUCGCAAGAGGCGUAAGGAAAGCUGAUUCGAGGGCCGUGAAACAGAGUAUGCAUUCAAGGCCAUCACUGCAGCAAACAUCACAUCCGUCGGCGUGCGAGGAAAGAGCUGUGCAGUCGUCAUCUCCCAGAAGAAGGUCCCGGUAUGUCGAUUGAGUGGGUGAAAGACGAUGUCGAGUUGGAAGCUGAUGGUUGAUGUGUUGCGUACAGGACAAGCUCAUUGAUCCAGCCUCCGUAUCAUACGUCUACAAGCUCUCGCCCUCCGUUGGAUGCGUCAUGACUGGCUCGAUAGCAGACGCGAGGGCUUCCGUCAUGCGUGCGCGAGGAGAAGCGGCUGAAUUUCGAUACAAGUUUGGAUACGAGAUGCCAUGCGAUGUCCUCGCCAAGCGUAUCGCGAACAUCUCUCAGGUCUACACACAGCGGGUGCGUAUCUUUUGGCGGGUUUGAGGUAUGCAGGUACUGAUGCGCAGGACAGGCAUACAUGAGGCCGCUCGGUGUUGCGACCACUCUCAUCUCAGUGGACUCUGAAUACGGCCCGCAACUAUACAAGUGUGACCCUGCAGGGUAUUAUGUCGGCUACAAGGCCACUGCAUCGGGGCCAAAAGCGCAGGAGGCGCUGAACUUCCUCGAGAAGAAGCUGAAGAACAAGGACAACGCUGAGGGCAGUUGGGAGGACGUUGUGGAGCUUGGCAUCAGCACCUUGAGCACAGUGCUGAGCGUCGAUUUCAAGAAGGGCGAAUUGGAGAUCGGUAUCGUUGGUGGACCGCGAAUGGACGGCAAGGAGGGGACCGACACGACGUUCCGCUCAUUGACCGAAGAUGAGAUUGACGAGCGGCUGCAGUCGAUUGCUGAGAAGGACUGA